AUGUCUGCCGAAGGCGCCUCUGCAUCGCCCAUCCCCAUUGAGGAUCUCACCAAGAUCACCAACGAGGCCUGCGAGAAUGCCCUUGCGACCAGCAAGGGCUACGACCACGACAAUGUCGGAGACUGGAACUCCCAGAUUAUCAACUCCAUCCUCAAGGCCCUGAUCACCGCUACCGCACCCACCGAUGCCUCCAAGCCCCCUUCCUACCGCUUCACCGUGAACAGCACAAUCGUGCAGCAGGGCGUGAUUGACCCGUCCGUUGCUGCGGAUGGCGCACUUAGCAAUGCCGGCAAGCGUGGUAUGCACUCUGCCUCUGGGGCGUUCUGGGAUGUCAGCCGCGACGGCAUGUGGACAUACAAGUACACUGGUGCUGAGGAGCGGGGGAUGGAUAUUGUUGUUUGUGUGACAUGGUUUGCCGUCGUAUAA